AUGGGCGCCGCUACAUCAAAAGAUAUGGCCGCUGCGGUCCUGGUGCCGCUCCCAUUCAACAUUAUCACGUUGGUGCUGCGGUUCUGGAUUCGAACGCAAAGGAAGGCCUGGGGUCCGGAUGACUGGGCUAUGGUUGCCACCGUUCCUGUUUGGAUUGUGUCCCAAGUUGGCCUGCUAGGCAUGGCCUGGAGCGGAGUUGGAGGAAUUGAUGCAACAUUGACUGCACAACAGGUGACGAACUCCUAUUUUUGGUUCUACGUGUUUCAAGAAUUCUGGUGCUUUACCUUGGUCGCGGUGAAAUGGUCAAUCGGGUUUACUCUGUUGCGUAUUGGUAACGGACAACGUUGGGUGCAAAUAGUCAUCUACACUUGUCUUGCGUUAGUCACUAUUUGCACCGGAGGUACUGGCAUGUAUCUGUUUUUUCAAUGUUCGCCAGUUGAGAAAAACUGGUAUCUUACGAUGGAAGGAACCUGCAACCCCCGAGAGAUUCAAACCGCGCUUUCGUUUCUUGUUGCUGCUGUGUCUAUUUCUACCGAUUGGAUAUUUGCAAUCAUGCCAUUUGCGCUGAUCUGGAAACUCCAAAUGCCGAACAAAGUCAAGGCAUCUGUCAUUGGACUUUUGGGCUUGGGUUUCUUCGCAUCUGUUGCUCCCAUCGUCCGACUAAAGUAUCUCCUCCUGCUGAACGAUUCCGCAAAGUUCCUUCACGGUCUAAGCAUCAUUCUUGCUUGGGCCCAGGCAGAAGUCGGCAUCGGAAUGCUUGUUGCGAACCUCCCCGCCUGCCGACCGCUUCUCGAACGGAUGCUUGCGCACCUGACGUCCUUCACCAACUCCAAGAAUAAAUCCACGAAGGACCCCGCAUCAUCAGUGGCACCUAAGAAUAGCUAUCUUGAACUAGGCGAGAGGGAUGCGACCAAGAAAGCUAAUGGCGCCAGCCGGUCUGGCGUCGAGACAAGAGUAUAUGGCAGGGACAUGGACGGUGACAGCAACGAAAGCCUGCCAGACGAUCACAGUCAAAAAAGAAUUAUGACCGGGGGUGGCUUCGGCGCCAUUCGAGUACAAAGGCAAUUCAAUAUGGAAGUUGAGAAGAAGCCAAACGACAGCGUGGUGUGA